AUGGCAUCAUCACCAUCACAAAAUGUUGUCAACUUUGAACAUAUUGAAGUGCAAAAGGAAAACAUUUUACCUUUAAAGCACGGAAGAUCAGCAUCAGCACUUCUGAAAGCAAUACACCAACCGUUGACAGAGAUGAGUCAUAUCAAAUCAAGCUUUGAGCAAAGACUGAUAGAUGAGCUCCCGACAUUGGAUGACCCAAUUACUUUAUACCUCGAAUACAUAAACUGGCUUAACAAUGCCUAUCCCCAAGGCGGCAAUUCCAAACAAAGCGGAAUGCUCACUCUUAUGGAAAAGUGUUUAUCCCACUUGAAGGACUUCAAAAGAUACCAGAAUGAUUUAAGAUUUUUAAAAAUAUGGUUUUGGUAUAUGGAAAUCUUUACGGUAAAUUCUUUUAUGGAAAGUAGAGAUAUCUUCAUGUAUAUGUUAAGAAAUGGCAUUGGUUCUAAGCUGUCAUUAUUUUACGAGGAAUUUGCAAGCCUUCUGAUUCAAAAACAAAAGUUUCAACAUGCAGUAAACAUUUUACAGCUUGGAAUAAAGAACAAUGCUGAGCCUGGUCUGAUUUUAGAGAAUCAGUUGUCUCAUCUUCAGAAACAGCUGGACGAGCAAAAUAUUCAAGAGGACGGGGUUAUAGUGGAUUUGUUGGAAACUACGGUGCUUGGGAAAACUAGAUCUGGAUUUGUCAACAGACUCGAACUUGCAAAUCCGAAUGAUCCAUUAACUAACGAAAACAUAUUGAAAAAUACUAUAUUUGUGGAUGAUGAGGACUUGAACACAGAACCAUCUGAAGAAUUCAAGAGUAAUGUUUAUAGGGACGGAUGGGAAAACUUUGGCUCUAAAGCAGAAAGAAGUAAAGAAAAUAGGUCCAUUAUAUCAGUACUCGAAGCAAACACAAAUUUAGGUGAGCUGAAACAACACCAAAUACCCUCCCAAAAAAGUAGGCAACGUGAUGAAAAAUUACCUAUCUUCAGAGAUUCUAUGGGUAGAAGCGACCCUGUUUAUCAUAUAAUAAGCGUGAGAGACCAAAAACCUGAAAAGAUCGAUUGUAAUUUUAAACUGAUUUAUUGUCAGGAUGAGAAAGCUAAAAGCGAGAGAUUGGAAUUCUCUUUAGAUGAGAUCUUAGCUAUUUCAAGAAAUAUUUAUAAAAAAAAAAGCUUGAACAAGAAGCACCCAAGGGAAAUAGAGGAGGGCGGUGAAGAAAACGAAGAGCAUGAAGAAACUGAGAUACGUUCAAAAAAGCCUAAAACAUCUAGAAAAGCCUUGGUUUCUAAGACACUGAUCCCCUCAUACCAAGAAAAAAUAUCUGCCGGUGAGGGAUACAUUAACAGUCCCAUGACACCUAAGAACCAAGAUAUUAGAUUAUUAGACGAUUCCCCUGUUACUGGGCCACGCCGGCUAACACCAAUUUUGGAAAUGAGAGAAUCAUAUUCCGUUUCACAAAGCAGAAAUUCCGAGAUUAUUUCAGAUGAUGACAAAUCGAGUUCAUCCUUUGUCUCGUACCCAUUGCCACGCUGA